AUCGCCGAGGUGGCGUAGCGUUUCGCUGUCUGCCGGCGCCAUGGGAAGGUGGCCAGUCGCAAGCGCUCCAUUCCCGUCGGCGAUUUGGUGCUGGUUGCCGAUAAUAUACGUGAUGGCUGCCGUGAGGAACGGCCACGGCGAAUGUCAAUAUGAGUAUGAAUGUCGGCGUGCAUUGCACACAGUGGCGUCACCAAUACAUGUGCAACCGUCACAUACCCUACUGAUAUGCACUACCUCCUUGAUGUGCAUCGUUUUCUUACAGACGCGUCAGGCCUGUCUGCACAGAGCAAUCGUUAAGCAAAAAAUACAUCGUUUCUUCUGCCGAUUCUCCUUAUUGAUCAACGGUUUAAUCUGGAAUAACCGUGCUCCUGGUCCUGAGUCUAAGUGACCCUCUCCAAAUUAGCUCAGUGACACACUGAUGGUACUCGAUAGGACGGAGUCAUGUUUCGGCGAGCUCUAAGAUACUCUCGAUUUCACGGAAGCCUUCUGUCGAUUCGCCGACAGAACAACCCAACCCGUGGGAUAGCCCUCGCAUGUGGCCGCUGUAUGCCCGCUAUAUUCCUGUCACUGCUCGCUGUACGACACGGGCCUCGAGCUCUGGCUGACCUUCAGGCUUCAAGUUGCUGUGAUCCCCGCCCUCUGGUCCGUCGGCAAGCACGUCAU